ACUUGAAGCAUAUAAAAUGAGGGGUAGGAAUAAUAAUAUACUGGUAAAGAAUGAAUGAGAGUAUAACUAAUGGGCGCCAGAACUAGAUCAAAGGAUUUGGCCACCGUAUUGUCAUUAGGAGAGCACGGCGGCAUUGGAGGGGACAAAUGGGACGAUGGAGUCUUCUCAUCUAUAAAACAAGUAGAUAUUAUUCAUGAUUAUCGUUACAUCAACUCCAUUCGCACAGAGUAUUGUGAUGACUUUGGAAAUUCAAUUUUUUCAGAUAAGCACGGUGGAACCUCAAAUUAUGGAACACUCAAUAAGGUCGUUCUUGAGUAUCCAAAUGAAUACCUAGUUUCAAUUCAUGGAUAUAUGGGAGACGAGGGUGGCUAUGAUGAACACUAUGUAAUUCGAUCAUUGACAUUUGAGAGCAACAAAAGGAGUUUUGGACCAUUUGGUCAAAACUAUGGAAUACCAUUUUGGUUUCCAACCAGUGGCUUGGUUAAGGUUGUUGGUUUUCAUGGUAAAGCUGGUUGGUUUCUUGAUUCUAUUGGGAUUAAAGUUGUUCCAGUUCAUAACAAUACCAUAAUCUCAAGUGUGGAAUAAAAUAUAAAAUAAAAGGUAAGUGAUUUAUGUAUGUAUCUAUAUAUAAAUAAAUGAGAAUAUUGAUAAAUGAGCAAUCGAUGAUGCAUAUAUUUGUUGUUUCUUUUCUUUGUUUUGAAAAUUUUGGAUUAAAAGCCUCAA